AUGACGAGUAAACCUACUGUUUGGCAAAGGCUAGUUACUUGCUUAUCCUCCCUGAAGUCCUACUUGAAAGUAUUGUGCCUCGUGGUCACUGUUUUUGUUCUUCUCCAAAUCUGUUCAUUUCAAAUCACUAAACACUCACUUUCACUCCCACCUUCACUCUUUACGUAUCUGAAACACCAACCAGAACAAGCAUCUGACAACAAGACUGCUUACUUGGUGGAAAAGCUACGUGAGUCAGUGACAUUCCUUCCACUCAAGGACUACCGCUUCUCAAACAAACCACUCGAAGGUCACACUUGGUUCAUGAGCUCUCUCCUUGAUAACCAAACAAAAGGCGAGGCUCAGUACCAAGAGUUUCCUUCAGAUUCUUCCAAAGGAAAGCUUCUAUGCUUGAAAGGUAUCGACAAACAUGAUGGAUCAUGGAACUACUACGCGUUGGCUUUGCCUGAAGCUAUUCCAACCAACGCCGUUCUUCAGAAGGGUUUGACUUUUGUUUCUUAUAACCAAUACGAUUACUACAACUUGUGGCAUGGACUAUCCACCAUGGUUCCAUUCGUUUCUUGGAGCUUAAGAAACCGAUGCGAAAGGCCUCAAAAAUGGGUUUUAUACCACUGGGGAGAGCUAAGGUUUGAGAUGGGGCAUUGGUUAAGCGAAAUACUCAGAGCUACUUACAAUCAAGAACCGGAAUUCACACGGUUUAUCGAUCAAGAUAACCCGGUUUGCUUCGAGAAGGCGGUUGUUAUGAGACAUGAUCAAGCUGGAAUGUCAAGGGAGAGAAGAAUGGAGGCUUUUGAUCACAUUAGACGCAAAGCGAGAAGCUACUGUAACAUCACCUCAUCAAAACCUCGAAUCGGUAUGACACUGCUAUUGAGAACCGGAGCAAGAGCUUUCAGAAACGAAACAGUGGUGAUCAAUGUCUUUAGGAGAGAGUGCAAGAGAGUAAACGGAUGUGAACUAAACGUUUCUUACUCGGACAAUCUAACGUUUUGUCAGCAAGUGGAGCUGAUGAAGAAGACCGAUGUGUUGGUAUCACCGCACGGUGCACAGCUCACUAACUUGUUUCUAAUGGAUAGAAACAGUAGCGUGAUGGAGUUUUUCCCCAAAGGGUGGCUUAAGCUUGCUGGAGUGGGACAGCGCGUGUUCCAAUGGGGAGCUAACUGGUCAGGGAUGAGACACGAAGGUACAUGGCAUGAUCCUGUUGGAGAAACAUGUGAGUUUCUUGAUACGGACAGGCGAUGUAUGUCGGUGUAUAAGAACGCUAUGAUCGGACACAAUGAGACUUAUUUUGGCGAGUGGGCGAGAAGGGUUUUGGACAAGGUUAACAACAGAAUGAAGCAGAAUAUCACAGAACACAACCAUAGUUAUGAUUCGUUAGAUGAAUGUCGGUGUUAA